CCGCGCAUGCGCACUGGUCCCGCUGUGCGCUCCACUGUUUUGCAUUGUGUGUUGGAAGAGCCGGCGAGUCGUCCCCCGUAAAACCGUCUCAACCCACCGCGGCAAUGUCGGGCAGGUCGGUCCGAGCGGAGACCCGGAGCAGGGCCAAAGAUGACAUCAAGCGGGUGAUGGCCGCUAUCGAGAAAGUACGAAAAUGGGAGAAGAAAUGGGUGACUGUCGGGGACACGUCCCUUCGUAUCUACAAGUGGGUUCCGGUGACGGAGCCCAAAUCGGACGACAAAAACAAGAACAAGAAGAAGGGCAAGGAUGAGAAAUACGGCUCUGAGUUGACCACUCCAGAGAAUAGUUCGUCCCCCGGGAUGAUGGACAUGCACGAUGACAACAGCAACCAGAGCUCCAUCGCCGACUCGUCACCCGUCAAACAGGAAACCAGCUGUAGCACCAGUCCGGCACCGGAGUCCACUACGGCGUCUCAUCGCGAAAACGAGGCCAAGACUGAGCAGAGUUCUGACGCCAAGAGAGGUAAGAACGCGUCGUCGUCGGAAGUUCCCGAUCGAGCGCAAAGCGUCAAGCGAGAAGGAGAGAAAGACGCCUCGGACAGCAAAGCCAGUCAGGACGUGGAUGAAGAGGCCCCGCCCACCAAGAAGAGCAAAGUGGAGUGUCCGGACUUUGACGAGAGUUAAAGUUCGGGCUUCUGGACUCACUCACGCCCCCUUCUGUCCAAAAGGGACGGUACUCCUCCACUAAAGAUGGAUCCUCCAUUGUCAGCCUCGCCAAACGUGCUUCCUUCCACGUCUGACCAGAAGGGCGGCGCCCGGGUAUCCGCUUUAGGAAUUUGUUUUGAGGGAGGGGGCGUCGAUGCUCCCCUUAGACCGAUAUUCUUUCUUUUUUUACGUGUUUAGGAAGUUUUUCUCAGGAGGGUCGAUGCACUGUUACCAUGUUUGUCACCAUGGAUCACACUUUAGACGGAAGCUUCUUCUCUCCUUCCACGGACGAAGAAGGUGCCUUGCUGGCUUUUUUGCUGCCAUCUUUUAGCUUUGGUGUUUGCCUUAAAGCCGUCAGUCGUCGUAGCUUUAGCACGGCUGUCCUUUAGCUUAGCAUCGAGCCUGGAAGCAAGUAGCUCCUUUCACACAGAACAAAUCCACCUAAAAAAGUAGCUCCUUUCACACAGAAUAAGUCCACCCGAAAAAGUAGGUCCUUUCACACAGAAUAAGUCCACCUAAGAAAGUAGCUCUUUUUACACAGAAUAAGUCUACCAGAGAAAGUAGCUCCUUUCACACAGAAUAAGUCCACCCGAGAAAGUGGCUCCUUUCACACAGAAUAAGUCUACCCGAGAAAGUAGCUCCUUUCACACAGAAUAAGUCCACCCGAGAAAAUAGCUCCUUUCACACAGAAUAAGUAUACUUAUUCUAUAUAAGCUCCUUUUACACUGAGUAAGUCCACCCAAGAAAGUAGCUCCUUUCACACAGAAGAAGUCCACCCGAGAAAGUAGCUCCUUUUAAACAGAAUAAGCCUUUCCGAGAAAGUAGCUCCUUUCACACAGAAUAAGUCCACCCGAGAAAAUAGCUCCUUUCACACAGAAUAAUUCCACCCGAGAAAAUGGCUCCUUUCACACAGAACAAGUCCACCCGAGAAAGUAGCUCCUUUCACACAGAAUAAGUCCACCCGAGAAAGUGGCUCCUUUCACGCACAAUAAGUCUACCCGAUAAAGUAGCUCCUUUCACACACAAUAAGUCUACCCGAUAAAGUAGUUCCUUUCACACACAAUAAGUUUACCCGAUAAAGUAGCUCCUUUCACACAGAAUAAGUCCACCCGAGAAAAUAGCUCCUUUCACACAGAACAAGUCCACCUAAAAAAGUAGCUCCUUUCACACAGAAUAAGUCCACCUGAGAAAGUAGCUCCUUUCACACAGAAUAAGUCCACCCGAGAAAGUGGCUCCUUUCACACAGUUAAGUCUACUCGAUAAAGUAGCUCCUUUCACACAGAAUAGGUCCACCCUAGAAACUAGCUCCUUUCACACAGAAUAAGUCCACCCGAGAAAGUAGCUCC